CUUCUCAAGCACACAAAAAUGGCGUAAAAGUUAAGCUUAUUCUACUACUCUACAAACCCACAAAAAUACAGAUAUAGAUAGAUUAAAUUAUUAAUUACAGGUUUGGUGGCCGGCAUCUCCAUUAAUUUUUGUUUCUUUUGGAGGGAUGCUGAAAUUCCAGUACUGCUUGGUUACUUUGUUGCUGCUCGUUAUACAAGUAAAAGGAUCAGAAGAUUGAGAGCAAAGAGAGAAAGUGGGGAUCGAUGGGUGUGAUGAGGGCGGCGAUCGGAGAUGCAAUAUUGACAUCCUUGUGGGUUUUUAGCACGCCGAUGAUGGGAAUCCUCACACCCAUCAUUGCUACAUACGUCGGCGUUCAACCCAAGUCACUGGCGGGCCUCUUCAUCACCACCCUCCUUGCCACCACUCUUGUACUUAUAUUCAGGCUGAUUGACAAGGCCUUGGGUGGUGCCAGCUUCAAUCCCUCCACCACCGUCUCCUUCUACGCCGCCGGCCUUAAACCCGACUCGUCUCUCGUCUCCAUGGCCGUGCAAUUUCCAGCUCAGGCUGCCGGCGGAUUGGUUGGUGCCAAAGCUAUAUUGCAGGUGAUGCCGACCCAAUACAAGCACAGGCUUAAGGGACCAUACCUGAAAGUGGACUUGCUUACCGGAGUCGUGGCGGAGGCGGCGUUGAGCCUUGGGCUUAGCUUUGCCAUCCUUUUCAUUGUGCUCAAGGGUCCUAAAAAUCCACUGCUAAAGGUGUGGUUGAUUGCUGUGGCAACUGUGGGAAUGGUUGUUGCAGGGUCUGGUUACACAGGGCCAUCCAUGAACCCUGCCAACGCCUUUGGGUGGGCAUUUGUGAAUAAUCAGCAUAAUACUUGGGAACAUUUUUAUGUUUACUGGAUUGGUUCCUUCACUGGAGCAACUUUGGCUGGUUGGAUCUAUCGGUUUCUCUUUAUUCUACCAAUCAAGCAGAAGAAAGCCUGAUGAAGAAGCAUUUAGAUAAGAGGUUUUUUCUUUUUUCUUUUUUAUUCUCAAUAGUAAAGUGAAUAAAUUUGCUCUUUCUCAUUAAUUGCAUCAAAGCAUAUAUUAAUGUUGAAUUCGAACC